AUGCCUCCCUCGAAGCGUAAAGCUCGUCGCAAACCUCACCACGUCCUCGACUCGUCCGAGCUUGAUCUUCCAGACUCAUCGCCCACACGCCCCUCGGCGAAGAAGCGCAAGGUCAAUAGCACACGUUCCGCCCUCAAACAGUCUGCGACUUCCGAUCCUGAUCCCGCCCGAUCGAUAGACCAUGACUCCGCCGACGAAGCAGAGGCAGUGUCCCAAACAGAUCUCAUAGAUUCCGUUGUCUCCUACCUCCAAGUCUCCAAGGACCCCAUCGUCGCCAGCGUCGAGUAUUCCAAUGAUAAAGAGCAGAACAAUAGUCCGCAGAAGGUCUCCGCCUACGCAAAGAUUGCCGGUCGCGACUGGACCUAUUUCGUGCGCGAACAGUCGGUCAAUUUUGGAAGGCCUCCCGAUGAUCGCCCAGCUGUCAACGGCGCCUCCAGUCCUAUCACUGAUCUCAAAGACGUCUUUCCCGUUCAUAUUGACCUAGGCCCCAGCAAGAUAGUCUCGCGCCACCACGCCUCCAUUUACUAUGACGCUGAUUUCCCCGAGGAUGAAGGUGGCUGGCAUGUCCGAGUCAACGGCCGCAACGGCGUUCGGGUCAAUAAUGUUUUGAUCAAGAAAGGCCUCCGAAGACAGAUCAAAUCAGGCGACAUUCUCGAAAUCGCCGGGACCCAGAUGAUGUUUGUGACGCCCGGCGACAAAGUCCAAAUAGACCAGUAUUUCAUCGACCGUGCCAAAGCAUUAGCUGCCGGCGACGACCUUGCCCCUCCCCAUGCCCACCCUGAACCUGCCAGAUUUGAGACCGCCCCCUACGCUGCAUCGACAGGAUUUCCUUCGCUGGCACCAGCUCCGCCGAACCUGAAGCGCGAAGCAACCCCUCCUCACCAGCUAGACGGGGGCAGAACUCAACGCGGCGUUUUUGACAGCAAAAUGCCCAUGUCCCCCAUGUACGGGCGAGGAAUGAUGAUGGAAAGCACUCAAGAAAUUGACUACAGCCGGGAUUCUGCCAAAGAUCUCAAGCCGCCCUUCAGCUAUGCUACCAUGAUUGCACAGGCCAUAUUCUCCAGCGACGAGGAAAAAUUAACCUUGAGUAAUAUCUAUUCUUACAUUGCGGACAAGUAUGCUUUCUAUCGACACUCCAACAGUGGUUGGCAGAAUUCGAUACGACAUAAUUUAUCUCUCAACAAGGCAUUCCAGAAAGUUCCUCGGAGAACCGACGAGCCUGGCAAGGGCAUGAAAUGGCAAAUUGCACCAGAAUUCCGACAAGAAUACUGGAAGAAACAAGCCCGUCGAGGUGGAGGUUCCGCUCCUUCGUCCCCAGCUUCUUCAAAAGAUGUCAACCCCAAUUUCCGAGGCCCGAAUGGGCAGAAUCUGGGAUAUGACACGUCCAUGGUGAGCUCCUUUUCCGCCAAGGAUGGUCAAGGUCGUGCCCUUCCGCCCACUCCGAAAGUGAACCUCCAGUUCCCGCCGUUGUAUCCAGGCGGUUCCUCAGGUCCAACACUGGCACCGCCCUUUCAGCAGCACCAAGACGCCAUCACGCCACAGCGACGAAGAACAGAUACACUUAGCACUCUCCCCGAUACUGAGCUCGAAGAUUCUCCUCUUCCUCACAGACACGGUGGGCCUACACCGCGGAUGGGCAAUGGUUUGCCUGCGUAUACCCUUCCGUCUUCGGUCCCGCCAACCCAUCAUUCGCCAACAAAUCCCACCCUCUCGUCGUCCUAUCUAGACACGCCGUAUCGAUUCUCACAGCACAGUAUCAUCACUCCAGCUCCCUUGCGACAGAACCCUCGACUAGCCCCUCCAAGCACUCUCGUUGCGCCUAGCAAGUUCAUGCCAGAGUCUUCUCCUGCUGGGCCAGGAUUGUUUUGGAAAGGACUCAUGGGUGUUACACCUGGACAUCAGGUUCCUGACAUCUCGCCUGUCAAAGAUGAAGACCCGCGAUCGAAUGGAAUUGACCGCCAUGUGAUGAGUUCUAGCCCGCCGCCAAUGGAUGCUGGCCUAGGGAGUCCCAGUAAACCAGCCAGGGGAAGCCAAGCACCAACUGCAUCGAGUUCCAGUGCAAAGAAAGAAGGGACGCCUUCAUUUAAUCAGAUGGAGAACGGGGCUGCGCCUGACGAAAGCAGCAGCUUCAAUCGCAACAUCGGAGAUAUUCCAGGAAAGGCGAGUCCCUUCGGUCUGGGGCCCGAACGAGCCAGCGCCUCAGGAUCAUUCAACCACGCGACCCAAUCACAGUUACAGGGAAACCACUCUAAUCCCGAGCUUCGUGGCGGUGGGGGUGGGGAUGACGAUGAUGGCGAGGACGAAGAUGGAGCAGGUGGCUUUGAUCUGGCCAAAGGAUUUGCUCCCAUCGCUAGCCAAAGUUUCCAUUCAAAUCGGAGUAGCAGCAUUGGUGUCGCACGAGCGGGUUCCUAA